UUUUGUGUUUUGCCAAGUUGGAGUCGAUCCGAAUUAGACUCAGUACAUGUGUUCUGUGCGGAGAGCGUCAAUAGUGCUGUGAUUGUUUUAUGAGUCGAAAAGUGCUCGGUGGUUAAUUUUUUUUUUUGUGUUAAAAAGUGAAAAAUGAUACUCCAGCGGAGCGCCGUUUGUGGCGCGAGAAUGCGAUUAUUAGAUACCGAUAGACUUUGAAAGUUGUAAAUAGUUUUUAAAACUAGGCAAGUGUUGUUUCGUAUCGAAUAUUUGUGCAUCGUGAUUAUAUUUUUGUGGUAUUUACAUUGUGCAAUAAAUUUAAAAUGAUCGCCAGAGAUCGCGUCAUCAAUAUACAGCUGUGGUGCUGUUUCGUGGUCUACCUCGUAACCAAUAUGAGUCUCGUGGAGACGAGGCUGGAGGAAAUGGAGCCGCGUCCGCUUUCGACGGAAAAACCAAAGCCUGAUCCACCUCGGGACGUAGCGAAGGAGCGCAAAUGUUUCCACAUGUCACGGGAUCAGUGUCCCACGGAUGGACAGAAGUGUAUCCGAGUGGACCCUGUUUCCGUGUUCUGUUGCGACGUGGACAGCGCUCAGUUCAAGGAGUCACUCGGGUUUGUCAUGACUCAAAACACGACAAACCUCCACGUGUUGAACGCGAGUAUUGAGGAGCUGGACGUGUCUCAGGCGGUCUUCCGACGUCUCACCUCAAUGGCUCUGACCGAUGGCAACAUUGGGAAAAUAGUGGGUCAGUUCAGAAAGUACUCCUCGAUUGCGUGUCUGAACAUCUCCAACAACAAUCUGAGCAGCGCGACCCUGGAAUCAGCCGUCCAUCGCCCUUUCGCCUACCUCUUCACCCUGACCGUCCUCGAUGCCUCUGCGAACAACCUCACUGAGUUCCCGCUCAGUUUGGUCCAGAGUAAUAGGAAGAUAUACGUGGAUUUGUCUGGCAACAACUACCUCCCAUGCAAGAACUUUCAGAAAGUGAUGGAGUCAAACAACAGCUCCACUCUCUCAUUCCUCAACUACGAGCGAACGUUCUGCGCGCUCGACCUCACCUUCAACUGGUUCAAGGACGUUCAAAUUGUGCAGAUUGACCAUUUGAGAGUACAGAAAGAGGUGAACGCAAGCUGUCGCAACAUUAGGCCAGCUAAUGCGAACUGUACGUGUAUACCAGAUCGCUUGGAGCUGCUGGGGGGAGAGGUCACCAACUCAGUGGCUGUGGACUGCUCCAUGCGACACUUGAAGGAAAUGCCCACCAACCUGCCGCCUAAUACUGCUAGGCUGAAUGUGUCUUAUAAUAAUAUAACAUCCCUCGGCCCAGUCUCCGACGAUCCGACGUACGAGCACUUACGCCAGUUACUCGUGGACUACAAUGAUAUCGCGAGCAUCGUGGAGCUCGAGGGAUCCAAGUUCAUCGAUAACUUCAUGGUGUUCUCCAUCACUAAUAACAAACUAAAGACGAUUCACACAUAUGUAAUGUCGAAUUGCUUCUUCACCACGGGACCUUCGUUCCUCAUCGGUGGAAACUACAUACACUGCGACUGUAACACGGAAAAAGUUGUCAAGCCGUGGCUUCUAGAAAACUACAAAAAUAUACCUGACUACAAGAGUCUCGAAUGCGAAGAUGGCAUGGGAUCAGUGGUAGACCUCAAGGAGUUCCAAGUUUGCCACACGCCGAGAGACUGGACCGAUUACAUCUACUACAUCAUUGGUUUAGAAGUUUUAGUGCUAGUGUUACUCAUCAGUAAGGUGUCGUACGACUAUUGGGUGUUCAAAACCGCCGGUUACCUGCCCUGGCCGGCCAAUAAGAUGCCGAGACUACCUUGUGAUUGGUUAUGUGAGUGAACUUUUAUAGAAUGGAACAAUUCAUUUCUGGUAAAUUUAAAACAAAGUGGAUAGUUUAUGGUUACAAUUGCCAAAUCAUUAUUUUAGUUUUAUAAAGGAGUGUAUAUUUCUUUUGUAAAGUUUUUCUAUUUAAUUUUUUUUUAUUAAUUAUACAUAAGGGUAGCUAAAUGUGUAUAAAA